CCAAAGUAUUGAAGACGUUUGUGGAAACAGGAAGCGUAGAGAAAGCGAAGCUUUUUAGAGCGGUUUGUUGUCAAGACUUCAGACGGUACACGCACUUCUUCACUGACCUCGGGAUUAUGAUCCCACAGUCAGUCGUGCUACUUCGCGGAUAUGGUUGGAAACGAGGGGACUUUUUGUACUCUGGACCUGGAUCAACUCCGAAUUUCGCCCGGGUUCAGCCUUGCCUCCAAUGAAUAAACGAGCAGCAACGCGAGUGUGUGUGUGUGCGUGUGUGUAUAUGUGUGUGUAUGUAUGUAUGUAUGUAUGUAUGUAUGUGUGUGUGGGGAAACCUUCAGACAAGGGCUCGUUUUUAGCGAAUUAAACUUGGUUUUCUAGCCACCAACCAUACAGCGAAGGCUGCUCUUCUCGUUCGGUUUUUUUUUUAAAUAUAGCUCUCCUGUCUCGAAAAAUAAACCGGAUUGUUUCGCAGUUCGUUUCCUUUUUUUUUGCCAAGAAAGAGUCUUUACUUUUGCAAGGCAGCGGUCGGCGCGUUAGCAGGUAGCCAGCCGGCUAACGCCGUUGCAGCAGCCGGAGGACCGCCUGGCCGCCAGCUCCAUCGCAGGCUAUGUCAGCCAGCCAGCUAAUAUGGAGGCAGGGACGCGUGUGUUAUCGUUAGAGCCCUGUUACAUAACCGUGAGACAGAAGCGUGUCCGCCUGUGUUGCUGCUGCCUGCGCUCAUUCACCAAGGGACCCGACUUUUGACGUCUUUCGGACACAGCUAUGUGGACGCGGUUUCACUUACUUGUAGAAUAAAGAUUGCGAGACAUGGAUUCCAACCCCCUGAUAAGUGGACGUAUUGUUCAUGGCUUCUGAGUGAUUGGGGCGGGGGCGGGCUAGCACUCUGCUCCAAGCACACCAGUUUUCCUACUGUCGCAGUGGCUUCUUGUGGCUUCCAGCCUGGCAAGCAGACAGUGGGAAAAUAGGGACGGACCAAAGGGAUACAAUCCAAUUUUAAUAAAGAAUGAGAUGUCCAUGGACCCGUCCAUCACCCUGUGGCAGUUCCUGCUGCACCUGCUGGAUGACCAGAGUCACCGGCACCUGAUCUCCUGGACAUCGGGCGACGGCGAGUUCAAGCUCCUGGAUGCCGAGGAGGUGGCCCGCCUGUGGGGCCUCCGAAAAAACAAAACAAACAUGAACUAUGACAAGCUGAGCCGAGCUCUGCGUUACUACUAUGACAAGAACAUAAUAAAGAAGGUGAGUGGUCAGAAGUUCGUCUACAAGUUUGUGACCUUUCCUGACCCCAACUCGGCUGACGGCAUGCGAGGGCCCGAGGAGGGGCAUAGGUCCAGCAGCGGGGAGAAGGCGGACGUAUCCAUCCAGCCCAAGCCUGUAGGGGGCAGGGGUGCGGCCUGCCUGUCGAAGAGCCUGCAGACGCAGCGCUCGUCUCCCGGCUCCGUGCAGCGCAGCUCCCGCAACGACUACAUGAAAUCCGGCCUCUACUCCACCUUCACCAUCCAGUCCCUGCAGAUGCCCUGCAAGAGCUCGCCCAAGCCCGUCAAAGUAGAGCCGCCCCCGGACAGCACGCCCAGGCCGGCCGGCCUCGACCGACCCUCGCUCGAGAUGCGGCUGAGUCAGAUGGAAGGGCAGCAGGGAGCAAUGCAGACCCCAUCCACAGUGGACAGCAGUAACCUGCAGGUGAUCGUGACCCACCCCUCGCCCUGUGCUACGCCUGCCCUCAGUCCCCAGAUGCCCUCUGGCUCAGCUACCACCCCCACGGGCGCUCAGGUGCAGAGGAGCCAGGGCCUGACUGAUCCCCCACAGAUCUACCUGACCAGUGUCUCUGACCCCAGCUCACUCACCCCGCUUAUCCCGCUGACCUCAGUGGCCACUGCAGACUGCGUAGUCAGCCCUCCGCAGGGCCACUCCGUGUUCGUGGUCCUAAAGCCCCCGUCUGUAGCGGGCUCCAAAGAGCCCGGCCUCCCCCCUGGAGAGGGUCUGCUGGAUAUCGUGGACCUAGAUGUGAAAACCGAUGCGGAGACCCUGCCUGCGUCUGCGCCAGCGGUUCCGGAUGCUUCGGCCAUUCUCGACGCCGCGGAUGCUCCGGUCGCGCCAGACACUCCGGACGCUCCGGGGUCCGUGGACAGCCCCCCCGCACCCUGCACAGCGCCCGUGGCCCAGCCAGUGAUCGAGGGAGAGCUGAGAGACAAACCCGAGCCGCCUGGUAUGUUGCGGACAGUGGCCGCAGAAGAGCUGAGCCCGCCUGCUGCGUCUCAGCCUGCCUCUUCCCAGGAGGUCCUGCCGCCCAAAUCCAAAAAGCCUCGGGUGCUGGAGCUGCCUUCCUCACCCACUCAGCUGCCCCCGGGUCUCUCACUGGAUAAGGUCAACGCGGCGGUCAACAGCCUGCUGGCUCCAGGAUCCAGCACCAAUACUCUCACUCCCACCGUCAUCACCUCGCACGCCCUGACUCCUGUCUUGCUCACGCCGAGUCCCCUCCCCUCCACCAUCCACUUCUGGAGCACGCUCAGUCCCAUCGCCCCUCGCAGUCCGGCCAAGCUCUCCUUCCAGUUCCCCUCCAAUGGAAGCAAUCAGAUCCACAUCCCAGCCUUGAGCGUGGAUGGCCUGUCCACUCCUGUUGUCUUGUCACCCGGCCCACAAAAACCUUAGACUGUGAGUGGAUCCCUCACUUGUCUGCAUAGUGACUGACUUGCUGCUCAGCCAAUGAGAUGACAGGUAAUGACUAGACAGCAUUUGCUAUAACAAGCUCUGAUUGGUGUUCAGUGGACCUUCUGUCCCAGUGAUUGUGGCACUGGAGGAGCACAUGCUGAGUCUGGCCUUAUGAUUGGCUGACACAGAAGCCUCUGCUUGGGCCUGGAACUCAAGAGUGACAAUUCAUAGACGAAAGUCUCAAGAUUUAAUUUCUUUUCUUUUUUAAAAAAAAAAUCCUCAUUAACAUUAUUUAUUUUUGUUGUCCGAAAAAUGUAGAUAUUUUGGUGCAUUUCUCUUUCCAAUUUUAAGGAGUCCUCUAAAGGUUUUCGGUAUUGAACUCAUAUCUCUCCUUUUAUCACCUGUCAUUUGAUCGCAGGGUUUAUUGGCACCAUGCACCAAACAAUAUAUGACUUUUUUGGAAUUCAUUUCUUAUUUUGUUAACGAUAUAAAGAUGAAUUAUGAUGGAUGACAGAUAGAUGGCAGCAACGACUCACUUCUUGCUCCUAUGAACUUGCAAAGCAACAUGUAUGUUUGUUGUUGUUUUUUAAACAAGAACAACAAAAAAAAACAGAUUAAAAACAAACCAGAUAUUUUGAAAAUCCUGGACUUUGUCGUUGGAUAACUACAUAGAAUCUAUUGUGCUAAAGAGGCAUGUAAUUCCAGAGGAAUGACAGUGCCAUCCAUGGGAAUAUGGAAGAAAGCGCAGGAAGAGAUGGAUGAUCAGUUAAUGCUCAGCUCGGCCAAGAUGAAGAACAUCUUGGUGUUAGCAGUUUUUGUUCCAACAUCAUUCCUUCCCCACCGGACCUUCCCCGUGGACAGACACUCUGCUCCCACUCUGGGUUGGAGAGUGGCUUUUUUCUUGUCUGUCCUUGGACAGCACCCUCCUGAAAGAAACCAAGCCACAUCAGUGAGGAGACUUUUGUAUGUUUCUGUAAUGUUUUUGUCCUUUGUUCAUUGUUUUUAUUGGUAAGAAAACACCAGAGGAGACCAAAGACCAGUGGUUUGUGUGGAAUCCACUGAGCAUCUUUGUAUGUGCUGCAGCAUUUUUCUCUCGCACUCUCUCUCUCUCUCUCUCUCUCUCUCUCUCUCGCUCUGUUUCUCUUUGUCUGAUUCUUUCUGUCUAUUUGUCACGUAAAGGGCUACUAGACUCAUUAAGCUGCCAGAGUUUUAACUCUUAAUGCUUAUCCAUGGAUUCAGUGUAUAAAAAAAAAUGCCAUUGCAUUUGUUAUUUCUGAAUAUAUUUGUGUCUCAUAUAUAGUUGACGACAGUCUAAUUUAUAGUCGAACAGGUUGUAACAUGAGAAUGUGAAGUGGUUAAUGCUCUGUGGAUAGUAUUUUGCAUUAACUAGUUUUGGUAAGUUCCUACACUACUACUCUCUGAUGUGUGCCUAAUCAAAUUCAUUUGAAAUUUGGAUAUUUUUAAACCUAAACACGAUUCUCAGCCCAAACCCGUUACUUUUCUUAUUCUGGUGUGGAGAUGUACAAGCAAGCAUUUUUCUACUGAUAAGCAAAAUCAAUAUACAAUGGCAUGGUCAUUAUUCACUCUUUAUUUGGGGCGUGGUAACACCCAGCACUGCGGAAACCCAGCCUGCUGUUGGAAAUCCCAGGGCCCAUGUCUCAAACACUGCUCUACCAAACACUGCUCCAUGCGACCAGUGGGACCCGGCUGGAUCUGGACUCACAGUGAAGCUCAGUUGUUCAUUUUGCUCUCAUUUUGGACAGAUGGGUUCAAGAUACCCAACCUGUGUGCUGCCAGGUGUCGCCCUGCUGUGCGAUAUCAUUCUGGUUUGUUUCUGUAUAAAAGCUCUUUAUUCUAACAGCCAGCCUUACGGUCUUUGCAACUUACCAACGUGACGCAUUAUGAAUAUACUGCAAACACAUGAAAGCCUGUUUUCUCUGUGUAAGUGAAUAGUUAGCACGUAUGUGAGUUGACUUGUGCAUAAUUUCCCCGUGCCAGCCACACUGUAGUCCUCCUCACCCCGUUUCACCUCCUGGACUAAUGAUGUGUGUUAGUCCAGGGAGAACUGAAAAACUGAACUGGAUCCUCAAGCUGGUGUUUACUGAUGGAACUGUAGAAUGAUGAGCCAGUGUGAUCCAGUUAAGGCAUUGUGUCACUUCUCUCGUGAGUUUUGUGCUCCUCUGGUGGAAAUGUCAGUCUUUAAAACCCAGCGCGCUGCACUAGUGUGUACUGAAGUCAUCUCUUUUAAAGCACAGUGCAAACGUCAAGCAGAGGUUCCUGCCUGGGAUUCCACAUCACCUCAGUUUGCUCUUACACAGUCUGCCAAGAAGACCUGUACGUUUCAGGAACAUGAGGAUUCCUCAAUAGUAAAAUUUCAUUAUGAUGUCAUACAAUCUAUUAGGACUGAAUGUUGGUUUUUUUUCCUCACUGCUGCAACCACGCCAGUUAAAGGAAAAUAUCUGUAAAUAAUUAGGCUUUGCUUGAAUUAGAGGCAAGGAUUUCAGAGCAGGCAACUUUAGUGCUCAAACCAUGGAACUUAUCGCAACUGUUUUGUUUUUUUUAAUACUGAAGAAAUUGACCUAAAAAAAAAAUCAGUCUUAAUCCUACCAAGUCAGCUCUUUUCCCUCUGUUUGGGCUGUCAGAUCAGAAUAGCAUGUUUCCAGUAGCUGUACUAGACUAAGCUCUUGCUUAUGAAGUUGAAAAAUGAAUUUCAAGCCAUUUCACCUUUUUUGUUUUUGUAUAGCUUUGAUGCCGAGGUGUUCUGGUUGGUGUACAAUAGGUAAUUCAGGCUCAUAAUAAUGAGACCUGCAAUAUUAGAUUAGUCACUGUGAUCCCUGUUUUUGUCAGAUUUUAAAUGGUGAAUAAUUUCUUGACACUAUAAUGUACAGAUGAAAUGGGGCACGUGUAAUACCCCACGUCACAACACCCCGCUGUCCCACUGCUCGUCCACCUAGUUAAGACGUUCGUUCUGCACUUGCUUGUACUUCAGAAGGCCUGGCUGUGAUGUAUGCUUUUGCCUCAGCUCUGUGAUGUAAUGCAAGUGCUUGGGAACAGCUUACCCUUUCUCACGCUCGACUGCUGUUCUGGCACUUGGUACGCCUCUUUCACCAUCAAUAGACCUCAUCAGCGCAGCACAGUACUGCGGCAACAUGGCGCACGCUCAGUGACCCCAGAUUAGCAGUUUCCCCGCUUUUAAGAAAUGCUUGUUACUGUGUUUCAUCUAAAGGCUCGAGGGAUAAAAGAUGUGGGAGAAAAGAAAGCCAUACCUUUUGUAUUAUACUUUUUAUCACAGUAUAUCUGUAUGCAGUUCAAUAUUGAUAUUUACCCAGUUUUUGUGAUUGGGGGGUGGGGCUCUGCACUGUAUAACACACGAGAUAUCGAUCAGAUAUUGGGACUUUUUUAAGCAUGCGUUUUGCUGCUGAUUGCAAUCUCACCUUGUAGACAUACCAGUAACAUCUGCUGAAUGAAACUUCCUAGAAAAGGAGGAAACGUCUGGGUUUUCCGUGGCUGAAGUCUAGUUAUUCUGAAAUCUCAAGGUUUUUGUAGAUCAUUUUUAACCCCUAUAGCUAUACAAAUCUCAGAGCUGAUAAAGGGCCAAGACCACGCUGUCUAAAAGUGAGGACCUCGUGUGAAGCUGAGAGCUGUUUCUUACUGACUAUAACCUCAACUAUGUGAAGCUGACAAAACCGCUGCUCCCUCUAAACCAGUGUUUCUCUGCACGCCUGGAGACCCGCCUCACGGUCGGCAUUUUUGCACUUCCCCAACUCCCAGUAUGCCUGCACUGAGUAUUGAGGGUUCUUAAUGGCAUACCUGUGUGAGAGCAAAAAUGUAGACCAGCUGGUGAGUCCUGAGGAUUGGCAUGAGAAUUACUGCUCUAAACCAACUGUUUCUAGGCAUGUUUGUGGAGAGCUACACUGUUUAGGAAGGACACUCUCCAUGAUCAAGAUUGGAGACACUACAAAUAUAAUCAAUGCUGUACCUCUUUGAACUUAUGAAGACUGUUUUGGUACUCAUUGUUACAGGCCUUAAUGUUAGAUGCCCAAAAUUUGGAAAGUAAGUGUUUAUCACUUACUGAUAUGAUAAAAUCUUUUGAAUCAGCACUUUAUUAUUAUUAGCAUACAAUUUACAUGAUCCAAUCAGCUUUUCCUAUGAGGAACACAGAAUUUUGUAUCCUAAUUUCAAUCAGUGGUAUCUAUUGUAUAUCUUCAAAAGAAAGAAUGUUUAAAGCAAAACAUGUUGUUUUUGUAAAUGUUUUCUUUCCCUUUUCUGAAUUUUACCUGAACCAAAAUUGUGCAAAAAUUGUACAUGUGCACGUUUUACCUGUGCAAAGAAAAACAAUUGUAAGUUGUUACCAGCAUGUGGUUAACGUUGUAGUUAUUGCAACCUUUAUGCAAGCGGGGGCACAUAUUUAACUAACACACACACACACACACACACACACACACACAAAAAAAAGCCAUUUUUAAAUAAGAUGAACAUGGAGAGAGAGAGAGGUGCAGUCCUGCAGGCCGGGGACGGGUGAUAUGGAUGUGUAGAGUGGCGUAUUUCCACUUUAAAUUACCAGCAAUGAUUCACAUGAUACCAUUGAAAGUUGUUGUUGUUUUUUUGGGGGGGGGGUUUUUGCCAUUAGCUGUGAGAAUCCAAGAUCCUGCUGAAAGAUGGUUUUUUUUGCUUAUUGAUGUUACUGGAUGAGAAGAAAACUGGUUUAGGUUUGGCUCCUCAGAGAAUUUUAAAACCCAAACGCAAAAUCAAACCUGAGGUAUUUAAAGUCAUAACGUAGGUGGCUCAAAACUGUUAAGACUAGCUUUUCUUUCUUUCUCUUUUUGGUUUGUUUUUGUUUUGACUUGUUUUAACGUGUCUUUUAAAAGUUACUAAAACGUUUAAAGUGCUGUUGUCAACUGUGUCUCUUCACUUGAUUUUUUUUUUUAUUUUUUAUUUUUUUUUUGAAAUGUUACAUGGAAUCUACUAUUGUAUGGUUCAGUAUUCAGUAAUGUGCUGGAAGUCUUGCGCUACAUGUAUAUUUGUGUAAAAAAAAAAAAACAAAAAAAAAAAAACAAACCAAGGAAAAAAUGUGUCUGAUCUUCUGUAUACCCUGACCUGAAUAUGGGACAUGGGUUUCAGAUCCCUGUAGCCUGACCGCCCUUUCCCAGAUGACGCCUGUUCUCUGGGAGUUUAUUUACAAAAAGGGAUGGAGGGGCUUUUAUUUUUUGGAACUGUCCAAAUACUAUAUUUACUGGAAAAAGAGACAAAAUUAUUUUUAAUCUGCACAUUCUUCUUUGUUUGUGUGUAUGUUCUAUAUAUUAAUCCUGUUUUCUAAAGAAAUAUGAAGCUAAUAUAAAAAAGUGAAUAAAUGCUAUUUUGUUCUUUAAAUGA